AUGGGUCGAAAACUUGCAACAAUUGUUGUCAUUCUUUGUUUCAAGGUUAAUUGGUCCCCUAACAAAGGGAUUUGCAGACCGAUUGGUGGUAAAAAUCAACUUCUCAACUAUUUCUCCUUUGCUCUUGUCAAACGAUGGCCAGCAAGGGCUAAAACAACUAACAAUUUACCAGGUCGAAACGACCACAUCAAAGCUAUUAAAUCUCCGAGUAUUUUAAGCCGAAAUAUUUUAUUGCUAAAACUGCCAGCAGUAUCGGUGUUAUCUCUCCAUCAACGUGUUUAUCAAUCCAAUUCCAAUUGUGACUUCAAGUCUCCAAUUUCCGUUGCAUUUACUGCAGCAGAAAUAUUGCAAUGUCUUUGA